AAUUCUCACUCUCUCCCUCCUUUUUUACAUCGCCAUCAGCACAAUUGUCUCUCUCCUCUCUCCCUUCAAACACGCAAAUGCAGGCACGCACCAUUAUUUACACUUUCCAACCUUUCCCAUAUUUCUUUUCCUUUCUUUAUAUCUGUGUUUACAGUCUUUAAUUGCUGCCCGACUCAUAAGUUUUUGGUUCCAAUUUCUCAACAAGUGGGUGGGUGAUUUUUCCCUGUGGCUCUCCCUUUUUGGUCGGUGUGGAAUUUGAUACUCUUCCACCCCAGCUAUCAACCCCUUCAGUUUCUCCUUCACCCUCCAACUUUUCUGUGUGGAAUAUUUGUAAAUACCUGUCAAAGAUAGGAUUUUUGUUUCUGGGCUCUUGGGAUUGUAAAAAAAAAGAAUUUUUGUGGGGUUUUAUUUUCUUUUAAUCGAAUAAUCCGAUCUCCGUCGGUGUUUUCCAUCUGGGGCUAAUCCAGAGUUUUGUUUGAAAAUAAAUAUUUUUUAGACUUUGAUUUUGGUGUAGAAAACUGAGGCUGUUUGAUCAGGGAAAUCGAAUAUCGUUAUAAAGGCAAAAUCUUUGCUUGAUUGAGUGAGCAGUCGUGUGAAAUUGUCAUAAUCUAACCUCGAAGGCAAGGUUAGACGAGUUUGCAAUUUUUGUUUGUGGAUCAGCAGCAAUCCAGGAAAUAAUUGUUUCGUUCAAGGGAAGACCACAUUGCCAUUAUCAUAACCAACUUUUACUUUUCCAAGCUUGCUGAGUGAGAGAGAGAGAGAGAGAGAGAGAGAGGAAAAAAGGCUACAGUGAUUUGGGGUUUUUGUCUUAAAUCAGACAACAGGGGUUUGGUAGAUUCUACUGAAACCACAUUGGGGUGGGCUGCUUGUUUCAGGCUUAACUUGCAGUUAGAGGAGGAUAAGUAGUGAAUGUGAAUUACUGAGAGCUAGAGGGAAUUCAUUAUGGCAAAGAAAUCAAAGAAGCGCCUUUCGAGACAUGAAAGAGGCCAAGCAGGUUGCAUAUCGGGUUUAAUUAGCAUAUUUCACUUCCGCCAUGGGCCAUCCACCAAACGUUUGCUUUCAGAUAGAAGCCGUGUGAACAAGCAAGUAGUUGGAAACCAUCCCGUUAUACUUGAUUCGACUGAAAAAUGCGAAAGCAUCAAGGUCGCUGAAGAAGGUAAUAUGCCUAUGCUUGAUGCUGCUAAAACGAGCGUAAAGGAACUCAUGGAAGAAGAGAUGUGUAAUGAGUCUGAAAACAUUAAAGAUUCUGCUAUGGGUUUGGAACAUUGUAACUCAAAUAACGGAAAUCAUCUCAAAAAACGUCAAAAGAAAAGAAGCAGAAGCCGCAUCAAGUCUAGUGAUCUAGAUGUCACUGAGCUGGGCACCUCUGAACACCUGAUGCCCGAGAAUGGUAUCCAGGUUCAAGAGCAAAGGUCCUUAGAUAAUCUCGAUCUGGAAAUGAUAAUGGAAGAGUUGGCACAGAUCAACCAGAGAAAUGCAAAUGGCUCGAAGAAUGACCUUUGUGGUGAUCAUGAUAUACCGUCUGGUCAGACUGUUAACGUCAUUGAAGAAAAGUUGGUUGCAGCUGUAAUAGUGCUUGCAGAGCAGCGCCUGGAAUGCGGUAAGCAUUUUGGGGAAGACGGGAAUAGUUGUUGCUCAAAAGAGUUCAUGGAUGCUCUGAAAACAUUGAGUGUAAAUAAGGGCUUGCUGUUGAAGCAACUAAAGGAUCCAAACUCGAAACUGGUUAAACAUGUGCAGAAUUUAGAGGAUGCUCGAUUAAGCAGAGAUGCAAUAACCAAUUUGCUGCCAGCAUCCAGUUUGUCCGAGGAUAAGGCGGGAAAAUUAAAAUGUGAUGAAUCCAGUAGCCGUAAACACCGAAAUUUCUUCCGGAGACGGACCAAGUCGCUGGAGAGCUACCCUGUAAUAGGGGAUAAAGAUCUUCAGAAUCAUAAUAAAAUUGUCAUACUGAAACCCGGGCAAGCAGGGGCACAUAGCCCUCAAAUUGAUGCCAGAGUUAGCAGCCUUCGUUUGCAGUCUCCUGACAUGGACAAUAAGGUGCAGAACAAUAGAAAUACAUCCCAGUUCUCGUUUACUGAAAUAAAAAGGAUGCUCAGGCAUGCAAUCGGGAAGGAACGACAAGGAGUCAGUCCUGAUAGGGUUAAUAUCAAGUUGAGUCCUAAGCUACAAAAUAGCAAUAAUGGCGACAAAGGCAGUACAGGAGAAAGUCUUUGCUGGAGUUCUCCAAAUAGGAACCAUUUCUAUACUGAAAGAUUUUUAACAUCUUCUCCUAGCUUUAAGAAGGGUGAACCAGUUAGAAAUUUGAAGGAUGGGAGUUCAGCGGCCGCGAACGAAACCAGCCAAAAUUCAAGACUAGGGGGAUCUAACAUCUAUGUCGAGGCUAAAAAGCAUCUCUCUGAGAUGCUGAAUAAUGGAGGUGAAACCCCGGAGUCAGUAACUCGGCAGUUGCCAAAGUCUCUUGGUAGAAUCCUCUCUCUUCCUGAGUAUAAUAAUGGUACCCCUUGCUGCAGCCCUAGAAAAUACGGUGAUGAUAUCUUCGUAACGACCCAGGUCAGAUUGUCUCCUCGUGCCAUGGGUAGGAGUGAUUUGAGUGGUCUUUUGCAAGAAAACCUUAACAAUCAUCUGAGUCCGAGAAAGCAAUAUUUGGAUAGUCAGCCAGUCAGCUCUAGUAGCAACUGCAAUGACAAGAUACAGUCUCUGGAUACGAGUGAUAAGAUCACACUCAGUGAUGAUCAAGAACAUUUCAUUGAAAUUCAAUCUGUCAAUGAAGAUACUUUAAAUCAUGAAGCUCAAAGCUUGCCUGGAGUAGUUGCAGACACAGAAGAAAUGGCUGAAUCAAAGCAUGAGGAAGAGGAAAAGAUCAUUACUAAUUCAUCUGAAUCAUCUAAUGAUUUGAUUGGUGGAGAUAUUGAGAAUGAAGAUACUAGAGAAGUAGACAACACACAAGUUCCUUCUCAGUUAUCAGCAGACUGUUCUCCAUACUCCGAUUUGCCUUUUUCUGGUGAAGAUAAAUCACUGUCAUCACCAGAGUCCCCUCCAAGCGGUCCAGCAAUUGCUGAAAAUGAUGAUUCGGACUGCACAAUGUACAAAUUGGAGCGACCCAGUCCGAUAUCUGUUCUUGAGCCAUUAUUCACAGAUGAUGACAUCAGCCCUGCAAGCACCACAUCUCAACCAGUUGUCAGAGAAAUCCAGCCACGUCAUAUCCAUUUUGAAGAACAAUCUUUUGCUAGUGACCAAGGAAUUUGUACAAGAAUUUCUCUCGAGGAUGAGGAAUCUGCGUUUGAGUAUGUGGAAGCCGUGCUGCUGGGCUCUGGUUUAAACUGGGAUGAAUUUCUUUUGAGAUGGAUUUCUAUGCAUGAGAUCCUUGACUCGUCAUUAUUUGAUGAAGUCGAGUUAUUCUCUAGCCGACCCAAACAUGAUCAGAAACUCCUCUUCGACUGUGCCAAUGCAGCUUUAAAGGAGGUGUGUGAGAAAUACUUUGGACGCUUUUCAGGGACAUCCCAUGUCAAAAUGAAUAACCAAGUGGCCCCAAGAGGGAUGGACCUGAUCCAUGAGAUAUGGAAACUUGUCGAAUGGCAUCUGCUUCAGCUUCCACAGCCUCACUCUCUCGAACAGCUUGUCAAAGCAGACUUAGUGAGAUCCAGAAAAUGGAUGGUCCUCCAAUCGGAUGUCGAGUUUAUUGUUUCAGAGAUGGGGGAGACCAUUUUCACAGAACUGGUGGAGGAAACGGUACUGAUCUUUUUGGAUGACACAUUAGAGUGUGAGUUUGCAUUGUUCCAAAAUGAAUCUGAUGCCAUUGAAGCCACCGACUUGUAGAGUGAGGAGAAUCGUGGACUAAAUCGGUUUCAAGCUGAUAUCUUAUAUACCUGGAAGACGAGGGGCGUCUCCCAACCGGUCACAUAAUCCUCAGGAAUCAUGAUGAAGGUCUGAAACAUCUAGCUUCGACAUAACCCAAUAAAGCUCACAGAUGGCUAGGAUUUCUUAGUACAGUAGAGUCUUGUGUCAUUUUUUUCGUGUUAGGAAUCACAAAGAAUGGACAGUUUCACCACACGAAGGUGUCCAGAGGUACUUGUAGGAAGACAUUUAGCUUCGUUUGAUGCCAUAAGCCCGUUUUUAUUGUAGGUUUAGCGGGGUCUAACCUCAUAAUAGAAAAUGAAGGUUUGUGCUGUAUGAUCCUAGAAUAAUACAGUAAGGCUUCUGCAUAUUUGGUGUGUGCAGAAAAUCCUCCACAUGUUUGUAGUUGUGUUGCACAUAGGUGUUUGGUUUGUAAAGAAACAUGGUUGUGUUUACUCCUCUUUCUGAUGUUAUCAUACUCACUCUGUAAUGUAUUGUGACUUGUGCAAUAGAUCUCUUCGUUUUACGUCA